AUGGCCCCCUCCAAGAAGUCCAAGGCAACCAAGUCGUCCGAGUCUAUCUCAUCUCGUCUUGCGCUUGUCGUCAAGUCGGGGAAGUACACCCUCGGUUACAAGUCCGCCCUCAAGCAGAUGCGCAGCGGCAAAGCCAAGCUCGUUCUCAUUGCUGGUAACUGCCCGCCACUACGCAAGUCUGAGCUCGAAUACUAUGCCAUGUUGUCGAAGACGACCGUGCACCACUUCUCUGGCACGAACGUCGCACUUGGCACUGCUGCCGGAAAGCUUUUCCGUGUCGGGGUCAUGACUGUCAGCGAUCCUGGAGAUUCUGAUCUCCUCACCUUUGCAGAGGGAAACGCUGCAUAG